AUGAGCAAAAAUCUGCUCUCGGUGCCGCAGAUUAACAAGCACGGCAACUUCCAAGUGGUGUUUGACGGGGAUACGAUGUACGUCGCUCGCAAGGAUUCCAAUCAAGUGGUGGCAGCUGCGGAUCUUGUAGACGGACUCUACUGGCUUCGCACGACGCAGCGAUCGGCCAAUGCGACAUCACUCAGCAACGCUGUUGAUCUACAUGCGCGAAUGGGCCAUGCUCCAGUCGACGUGCUUCGCAGGAUGGUGACAAGCCACAUGAUCAAGGACGCUCACAUCCCUUCCAAGCCGAAUGGAUCAAGUGUGUGUCGAGGAUGCCAAGAAGGGAAGAUGGUCCAAAAACCAUUCCCGAGCAACCGUGACAAGCGCACCUACAACACCUUCGAGAUGCUCCACUUCGACAUCUGCGGACCCAUGGAAGAAAAAUCUCUGGGUGGCAGCAAGUAUCUGCUGCUGAUCGUGGAUGAAGCCAGCGGAUGCAUGAAGGGUUUUUGUCUGCAUUCCAAGUCAGAGAGCGAAGAGUGCAUCAAGAAGUACAUCACGAUGAUACAGACGCAGUUCAACAAGAAGGUCAAAUUUGUGCGACACGAUGGAGCCCGCGAGUUUGCGACGAACUCGCUUCAAGAUUUCUACGAAGUCGAAGGCAUCGAGCAACAAACCACGGUGCCAUACGCACAUCAAGCCAAUGGAACUGCUGAACGCGCGAUUCGAACUAUCGUCACCAUCGGUCGUAGCAUGCUUCAUCAUGCCAAGUUGGACAAGUGCUUCUGGGCUGAAGCGGCAAUGACGGCCGUCUAUGUGAAGAACCGUUUGCCGUCACCCAAGAUUCCACACAAGAUACCGUUCGAGAUUGUCUACAAUUCUAAGCCAAGUCUAAGAGAAAACGAAGCGGAGAGACCGGAGAGAACGAAGCAGAGAACUCUUGCUCACUUGAGGGAGGAUUCGAAAGUGAUUGAUUUAUAG